AUGGCCGUCACCGAUUUUUUCGCCGGCGAAAUUGCGACGGAGCUCCUGAAACAGCUAUUUUUGAUAUCUGCCAGAGCAUGGAGAUACAAAAGCACCGCGGAACAGCUCAUCACCUUGAUAGAGAACAUCCAACCGACGAUCAAAGAGAUCCAGUACAGCGGCGUGGAGCUUCCUCCUCACCGUCAGGCUCAAAUCGGCAUGCUCUUCGAAACACUAGAGAAAGGCAAGAAGCUCACCGAGAAAGUCCUGAAAUCCCACCGCUGGAACAUGGUUCGUCAGCUAUACCUCGUGAGGAAGAUGGAGAGGCUCGAGAGGACCAUCUCCAACUUCCUAAAAGCUCCGAUUUUGACCCACAUCCUCGCCGACGUUCAUCUUCUCCGGGCCAAUUCCGAUGUGCGUUUCGAUCGGGUUGACCGGAACCUGGAGAUGAUGAGUGAGCAAUUGGGUUCCAUGAAAAUCGGCGGAGGAGGGAUGAUUAGGGAGGCGAUGAAGAUAGCCGAGGCUACCAUGGAGAUCGAGACGAGCAACGAUUCGGAGAAGUUUGGGGUUGGAUUGGAGAUGGGGAAGAGGAAGGUGAAGAAGAUGAUGUUCAACAGUGAGGGAGGGGUAAUUGGGAUUAGUGGUAUGGGCGGUGUCGGCAAAACCACUCUCGCCAGAGAGCUUGAACGAGACGGUGAAGUUCAAUGUUAUUUCGAGAACCGGAUUUUGUUUCUGACUGUAUCACAAUCUCCGAUUCUUGAGGAGCUGAGAGCACAUAUAUGGGGGUUUUUGACUGGUUACGAAGGUGAGAAUCCUGCUCCAAACUGGACUUUGCAGUAUCAAGGCGGGUUUAAAACGCAGAAGCUGGUGAUUCUUGAUGAUGUUUGGACUAGAGAAGCGUUGGACCGCUUGACGUUUAACAUUCCUGGCUGCACAACUCUUGUGGUGUCACGGUCCAAGCUUGCAAAGCCUGAAUCCACUUAUGAUGUUGAAGUACUAAGGGAAGAUGAAGCUCUCUCUCUCUUCUGUCUCUGUGCUUUUGGUCAAAAAACUGUCCCUCGUGGUUACAGCGAAAGCCUUGUUAAGCAGGUUGCUGAUGAGUGUAAAGGUCUGCCUUUGGCUCUCAAAGUUACGGGCGCUUCACUGAAAGACCAGUCUGAUAAAUAUUGGGAGGGCGCGUUGCAGAGGUUAUCGAGAGGUGAGCCUGCUGAUGAAACUCACGAGACUAGAUUGCUUCAUCAGAUGGAAGCUAGUCUAGAGAAUCUCGACCCUACGACCAGAGAGUGUUUCUUGGACCUUGGCGCGUUCCCUGAAGACAGGAAGAUUCCUGUCGAUGUUCUCAUCAACAUGUGGAUUGAGAUACAUGAUCUAGAGGAGGCAGCUGCUUUUGCCACUCUUGUUGAUUUGUCACACAAGAAUCUCCUUACUCUUGGGAAAGAUCCACGGCUUGGCUCUUCGUAUGCAAGCUACUAUGAUGUGUUUGUGACACAGCAUGAUGUUCUGCGAGACUUGGCGCUUCAUCUAUGCAAUCGAGGGAAAGUAAACAGAAGACAGCGAUUGCUGAUGCCGAAAAGAGAGUUAGUGCUUCCAAGAGAAUGGGGACGGAACAGUGAUGAGCCAUACAAUGCUCAGAUUGUCUCUAUACAUACUGGUGAGAUGGAUGAGAUGGACUGGACUGAGUUUGACAUGGAGUUCCCCAAGGCAGAGAUUCUGAUACUGAAUUUCUCUUCAGACAAGUAUGUGUUACCUCCUUUCAUCACCAAGAUGAGCCGGCUUAGGGUCCUAGUGAUCAUCAACAACGGCAUGUCCCCUGCGGUUCUCCACGACUUUUCGAUUUUCGCCAAUCUGUCGAAGCUAAGGAGUCUCUGGCUGGAGAGAGUUCACGUCCCUGAGCUCACCAACGCAACAGUUCCCUUGAGAAAUCUCCACAAGAUGUCUCUGAUUCUGUGCAAGAUUAACAACAGCUUCGAUCAGACCGGAGUCGACCUCUCCAAUAUCUUCCCAAAGUUAGGCGAUCUGACGAUAGAUCAUUGUGAUGAUCUCGUGGCACUACCUUCAAGCAUUUGCCGAAUGACCUCUCUAAAGUCCUUGAGCAUAACAAACUGUCCACGCCUCGGUGAAUUGCCUAAGAAUCUCAGUAAGCUAGAAGCUCUUGAAAUUCUGAGGCUGUAUGCUUGUCCUGAGCUAAAGGCAUUGCCUGUAGAAAUCUGUGAGCUUCUUCGGCUUAAGUACCUGGACAUCUCCCAAUGUGUGAGCCUGUGUUGCCUUCCAGAGGAAAUAGGGAAUCUAACAACGCUUGAGAAGAUCGACAUGAGAGAAUGCUGUUUCUUGAGCAGACCUAGCUCUGCUGUUUCGUUGGAGUCUCUACGACAUGUAAUCUGCGAUAAGGAUGUUGCAUCUAUGUGGGACGAAGUUGAGCAAGCCGUUCCAGGAUUAAAGAUUGAAGCUGCUGAGAAAUGUUUCAGCUUAGAUUGGCUCAACGAGUAG